UUGCCAUGGCUGGUCACACUGAUUCUAAACAGCUGUUGUUUUGUUGAGACUGGGAAAAAGAUUGCGGCAGCAAAAUGGUCAUCACCAACAACACAACACUGCCCGAGGAAUCGGAAUUGAAUACCCAGGAGCUAAAUCUGUCGACGGCUGCUUUAAGAGCAGGCGCCUUUCAUUUGGGCAAACAAUGCGAACAGCAAAAUAAUGAGUUUAUGCUAUGCCGACAGGAGCUUGAUGAUCCAAGGGCCUGUUUGUCAGAGGGCAAAGCUGUAACCAAUUGCGCCCUGAACUUCUUCCGUCAGGUGAAGAAGACCUGUUAUGAGGAAUUCAUGCAAUACGCCACUUGCCUGGACAAGAGCAGUGGAACCAUGGCUUUUGGGCACUGCCGCAAGACCCAGGGUGUGUUUGACAAGUGUGUUAAGGACAACUUUGAUUGGGAUCGUCCAUCCUAUGGUUACUUUUCCAGGGCCAAGGUGGUACAAACAGCUCGCCCACCUCCAAAGAAAGAGGAAAUCACCGUUUAUCCCGAUGCCACACCUGGCCUACCCGAGGAUUAUCCAAAGCCACCAGCCAAAUAUGGCUCACGUUUCCAUUGGCUGGAAUAGUUGUUGUUGAUCGAUCAAUUAAAUAAUUGCUCCCAGCUUGAAAAAUCAUCUUCUAAUCUAAUAUAGAAAACUUCUAAUUGUUGA